AAAGAUCAGCUGCCUGGAUCAGAUAUGGCAUAAGGCAUGUUUUCACUGUGAAGUUUGCAAGAUGAUGCUAUCGGUUAAUAACUUUGUGAGUCACCAGAAAAAGCCAUACUGUCAUGCUCAUAACCCCAAGAACAACAGUUUCACAAGUGUCUAUCACACUCCAUUAAAUCUAAAUAUGAGGAAGCAACCAGAAGCCAUCCAUGGGACUGGUGACCAAGACGAUGGCGAGCGGUUUAAAUCUGUUUUUCACUGGGAUAUGAAAUCCAAGGAUGGGGCAGCUGUACUGAAUGGGCAACCCCUGGGGAAUGAGAGAGCCUACUGGUCUGGUUAUGGUGAAGGGAAUGCUUGGUGCCCAGGGGCUCUACCAGACCCAGAAAUCGUAAGGAUGGUUGAGACCCGAAAGUCUCUUGGUGAGCAGGACUACACAGAAGACUAUGAGCAACAGAGGGGUAAAGGGAGCUUUCCAGCCAUGAUCACACCUGCUUAUCAAAGGGCUAAGAAAGCCAACCAGCUGGCCAGCCAAGUGGAAUACAAGAGAGGGCAUGAUGAGCGCAUCUCCAGGUUCUCCACAGUGGCAGAUACACCUGAGCUGCUGCGGGCCAAGGCGGGGGGACAGCUUCAGAGUGAUGUGAGAUACACAGAGGACUAUGAACAGCAGAGAGGGAAAGGCAGUUUUCCUGCUAUGAUCACCCCUGCCUACCAGAUAGCCAAAAGAGCCAAUGAGCUGGCAAGUGAUGUGAGGUACCAUCAACAAUAUCAAAGAGAAAUGAAGGGAAUGGCUGGGCCAGCUGCUGGAGCUGUGGGCACAUUGCCAAAGGAAUGUGGGGACCCGUAUGGCCAGGGUUACUUGGAGGACUAUGAUGAACACAGAGGAAAGGGCAGCUUUCCUGCCAUGAUCACCCCAGCUUAUCUGAAUGCCAAGAAAGCCAACGAACUCGCUAGUGAUAUAAAAUACAGGCAGGACUUCCACAAGAUGAAAGGCCCCGCGCAUUAUCACUCCCUCCCAGCCCAAGACAACUUGGUUCUUAAGCGGGCUCAGAGCGUGAACAAGCUUGUGAGUGAGAAUAAAUAUAAAGAAAACUACCAGAACCACAUGCGAGGCCACUAUGAAGGAGUUGGUAUGGACAGACGGACUCUCCAUGCUAUGAAGGUUGGAAGUCUGGCAAGCAAUAUCGCUUACAAGGCCGAUUAUAAACACGAUAUUGUUGACUACAACUACCCAGCCACUCUCACGCCUUCCUAUCAAACAACAAUGAAACUAGUUCCCUUGAAAGAUGCCAACUACAGGCAAAGCAUUGACAAGUUGAAGUACAGCUCUGUGAGCAACACGCCUCAGAUUGUUCAAGCCAAAAUCAAUGCCCAGCAACUGAGUCUUGUGAAUUACCGUGCCGACUAUGAGAAAAAUAAGUUGAAUUACACAUUGCCACAAGAUGUGCCUCAGCUGGUGAAGGCCAAAUCCAACGCUGAACUAUUUAGUGAGGUUAAGUACAAAGAAGGCUGGGAGAAGACCAAGGGCAGAGGGUUUGAGAUGAAGCUGGAUGCCAUGCCUCUGCUGGCCGCCAAAGCGUCCGGAGAGCUUGCAAGCAAUAUUAAAUACAAAGAAGAAUAUGAAAAAAUGAAAGGCAGAGUCAUGGGAACUACAGACUCCAGGCUUCUGCACUCCCUGCAGGUUGCCAAGAUGAGCAGCGAGGUUGAAUAUAAGAAAGGUUUUGAAGAGAGUAAGACCCACUUUCACCUACCCAUGGAUAUGGUACACAUCAAGCAUGCUAAGAAGGCCCAAGCCCUGGCCAGCAACCUGGACUACAGGAAGAAGCUGCAUGAAUACACUGCACUGCCCGAAGACAUGAAGACUCAGUGGGCCAAGAAAGCCUACGGGCUCCAGAGUGAGCUGCAGUACAAGGCUGACCUGGCAUGGAUGAAAGGAGUCAGUUGGCUGACUGAGGGGAGCCUCAAUCUGGAACAGGCCAAGAAGGUUGGACAGCUGGUCAGCGAGAAAAACUACAGGCAGAAGGUGGAUGAGCUGAAGUUCACCAGUGUGGCCGACAGCACCCAGAUGGAGCACGCCAAGAAGAGCCAGGAGCUGCAGAGCGGGGUGGCCUACAAGGCAGGAAACGAGCAGUCUGUCCAUCAAUACAGCAUGAGCAAAGACGAGCCUCUCUUCUUACAGGCCCGAGUCAAUGCUGCCAAUCUCAGUGAGAAACUGUAUAAGAGCACCUGGGAGAAUCAGAAAGCAAAAGGAUUUGAGCUACGUCUUGACUCCUUGGCCUUUCUGGCAGCCAAAGCCAAGAGGGAUCUGGCCAGUGAGGUGAAGUAUAAGGAGGAUUAUGAGAGGUCCAGAGGGAAGCUAAUUGGGGCCAAGGAUGCCCAGGGUGAUUCGCAAAUGAGCCACUCACUGCAAAUGUCCAAGCUGCAGAGUGAAUUGGAAUACAAGAAAGGAUUUGAGGACACCAAAUCCCAGUGCCAUGUCCCCCUGGAUAUGAUCCACCUUGUGCACGCCCGCAAGGCUCAGCAUUUAGCCACAGACAUAGGCUACAAGACAGCGUCACAUCGCUUCACGGCUUUGCCCACAGACAUGAAGGUGGAAUGGGCCAAGAAGGCUUACAGUUUACAGAGCGAUAACCAAUACAGGGCAGAUGCGAAGUGGAUGAAAGGCACGGGCUGGGUCGCUACCGGGUCAUUAAAUGUGGAGCAGGCGAAGAAGGCAGGAGAACUCAUUAGCGAGAAGAAGUACCGUCAGCAUCCAGAUGCUUUGAAGUUUACCAGUAUUAAAGACACUCCGGAGAUGGUCCAGGCCAGAAUUAGUUAUACCCAAGCAGUGGAUAGGUUAUACAAGGAGCAAGGAGAAAACAUGAAGCAUCAUUAUACACCCACAGCUGACCCCCCUGAAGUCCUGCUGGCCAAGCUGAAUGCCAUGAAUAUCAGCGAGACGCGGUAUAAGGAAUCCUGGAGCAAACUUCGAGAUGGCGGAUAUAAACUGAGACUGGAUGCUAUUCCAUUCCAGGCAGCAAAGGCUUCUGGUGAAAUCAUAAGCGAUUACAAAUACAAAGAGGCAUUUGAGAAAAUGAAAGGGCAGAUGCUUGGCUCCCGGAGCUUGGAAGAUGAUGUCAGCCUUGCACAUUCAGUGUACGCGAGCUCGCUGCAGAGUGAAGUGAAUUACAAGAAAGGCUUUGAACACUCAAAGGCGCAGUUCCAUCUGCCGUUGGACAUGGUAACCCUGGUGCAUGCCAAGAAGGCUCAGAGCCUGGCCAGCGACCAGGACUACAGACAUCCGCUCCCGCAGUAUACUUCCUUGGCGGAAGACCUGAGGCUCCGCUGUGCCAAGAAAGCUCACCAGUUACAGAGCGAGAAUCUGUACCGGUCAGACCUGAAUUUUAUGCGAGGUGUCGCCUGCAUCAUUCCAGGCACAUUGGAGAUUGAAGGGAGAAAGAAAGCCUCUGAACUCAUCAGUGAGAGUAAAUAUCGUCAGCACCCGCAGUCAUUCAGGUACACAGCAGUGGCAGACACUCCCAGCCUCCUUCACGCCAAACUCAGCAACCAGAUCACAAAUGAGCGCCUCUAUAAAGCAGCUGGAGAGGACGCGAGACACCAGUACACCACGACCGUGGGUCUGCCUGAGUUUGUCCGAGCGAAAGCAAACGCGGCCAAUCUGAGUGACGCAAAAUACAAGGAGUCUUGGCGUAAUCUCCGUGCUCAAGGCUACAAGCUGACAAUAGACGCUCUCCCCUUCCAGGCUGCUCGGGUCUCUGGAGAUAUAGCCAGUGAUUUUCUCUACAGACAUGACUUUGUGAAGGAACGAGGGAGGCUGAUUGGGGCCCGGAGUGUGAGCGAUGACCCCCGGCUCCAGCACUGUCGGCGGGUGGGCCAGCUGCAGAGCGAGCAUCAGUACAGGAGGGAGGCAGCGAGCAGCCAAGCCCAGUGCCACCUGCCCAUGGACAUGGUGCACCUGGUCCAUGCCAGGAAGGCCCAGGCCCUGGCCAGUGAUCACAACUACAGGACGCGGUGCCACGAGUUCACAGCGCUGCCCGAGGACCUGAAGAUGGCCUGGGCCAGGAAAGCUCAUGCCCUGCAGAGUGAGUUGCGCUACAAAUCAGACCUGAUGGGCAUGAAGGGGACAGCGUGGCUGGCACUGAGUUCCCCACAGAUUGAGAAUGCAAAGAAGGCUGGAGAACUCAUCAGUGAGACCAAAUACCGUAAAAAACCGGACAGUAUCAAGUUCACCACAGUGGUUGACUCCCCGGACCUGCUUCAUGCCAAGAACAGCUACAUGCAUUGCAGUGAGCGCCUGUACAGGUUGGGGGAUGCGGAAUCCCUACAUAGAUACACCCUGGUCCCUGACCACCCUGAUUUCACCCGAGCCCGCCUCAACGCGCUGCAUCUCAGUGAUAAAGUCUACAGAAACUCUUGGGAACAGACCAGGGCUGGUGGCUACGACUUCAGACUGGAUGCCAUCCCAUUCCAGACUGCCCGGGCGUCCCGGGAGAUCGCCAGCAAUUUUCGGUACAAAGAGGCCUUCCUGCGGGACCGGGGCCUGCAGAUCGGGUACCGCACUGUGGAUGACGACCCAAGGAUGAAGCAUUUCCUCAGUGUCGGCAAACUCCAGAGUGACAAUGAGUACAGGAAGGACUUCGCCAAGAGUCGGUCCCAGUUCCACAGCCGCCCAGACCAGCCCGGCUUCCUCCACGCCAAGAGGAGCCAGCAGCUGGCCAGCGACGUGUGCUACAGGCAGCGCCUGCCCCAGCCCACCUGUGACCCGGAGCAGCUGGGCCUGAAGCACGCACGGAAGGCCCACCAGCUGCAGAGUGAUGUCAAGUACAAAUCAGACCUGAACCUGACCAGAGGUAUUGGUUGGACACCUCCUGGGUCCUACAAAGUGGAAAUGGCUCGGCGGGCUGCAGAACUGGCCCACAGGAGGGGCCUGGGCCUCCAGGGUGCUUAUGGGGGGCCAGAAGCUGUGGAGACUGAAGAUAAUCAGAGGGGGGAUGUGAACCCAGAUGCCACUGAGAUUCUGCAUUUCAAAAGGAGGAAGGCUGUGCCGUGGUGAGUGAGCAGUGUCUACCCAGGAUUCUUGGGACAGGACCUGGAAAGGAAAUUUGUGCACCAGAGACACAUUUAGAUGGCUUCUGUCUGGGCGAGCUGUAAAAAUAGCGCACCAGCCCAUUCCCUCAUCUGCCUUUAUUAAAAUAGUGACUCUCUGAAA